ACUCUCCCAAAGUACACUCCUCCACACACACACUCACAAGUCACACCGCCGUAUAGUUCAGACCGAACCGCACUCUUUAUCUCUUUCUCCGCCGCAAACUAUCCUUCUCCGGCGGCGCCACCGUACAACCCUCGAUUUAAGCAAAGGAGCAACAGAAGGAGGUGCUUGGUUGCAAAUGGCGGCCACCGCAAGCAACAACGACGUCGCCGCCGCCGCCGACGGCCCCGUGAUGAGCCUAAUCAACAAGCGCCUCCGCGCCCUCCGCAAGAAGCUGAACCGCAUCCUCGCCAUGGAAGAGGCCGUCACCCAGGGCAAGCCUCUGAACAAGGAGCAGGAAGAGGUUCUCCGCUCCAAACCCUCCGUCCUUGCUCUCAUCGACGAGCUCGAGAAGCUCCGCCAGCCUCUCGCCACCGCCCUCUCCGAAGAGCUCCAAAACAACGGCACCUCCUCUCAAAACUCUCGCGAGACCGAGACCGAGACCGAAAACGAAACCCUAGCUGAGAGCUCCGGUUCGGUUGAGCCGAACACGAACUCGACCACGAACGACGUCGUUGUGGAGGACCUGCUUAAUUUGCUCUACUUUGGUUCGCUCUUUGACGUGAAGAGUGACUUUGCGUCCACGAUGCUUACCAGGACGCACGAACGCGGCUGCUGCUUGACCUACGACUACGUCACCGACGACGCCACCGAUCUGCUCGGCGAGAAGGACUUGGAUUCGAUCUCCGCCCUGCGCGGGCUGCUCGUUUCGCGGCCCGCGGAUUCAAGCUUCUCCCACAAGAACGCGCUACAGCGCUGCCUGGAACACGCCAGGCUGUGGCUUACCAAGUCGGAGCAGCCCAUUGAACCUGAUACUGAUGUUACUUAUGCUGCAUUGAGGGAGAAGUUGAACAAGAUUAUGUCUUCGGAGUACUUUAUUACCACUCCUGAGAUGAAGGCUCCGGUUGAAGUUGCUGCGGCUGCUGCUGGGGGUAAUUACGUGUCUUUCCAUGUGCCGGUGCAUGGGUCUGUGGUUCCAGUUGAAGUUGAGCAACCCGUUUUUCAGUCUCAGGAGAAGGAUGAAGGAACUGCAAAUUUUCAAGGACAUGGAUCUGAAGAAGAUCUGUCUGAUCAUGAGGGAGAGCUUCAGAAGGAUGAAGUAGAAGCAGAAAAUGCAGGUGAAGUGGUGUCAGCUCAACAUGAACAGGCGAACCAACAAGCAGAUGUAGAGUAUAAUGAGCGAGAUGUAGAGGCAAAGGACCAGCAGUCAUACCCCAGGAGGGGUUAUCAGAACCAUAGAGGUGGUCGUGGUGGAGGUGGUCGCAGGGGUUACUCAAAUGGUCGUGGAGGUCGAAGUGGUGGCAGAGGAGGCUACCAAAACGGGCGCAAUCAAUACUACGAUCAGCCUGGAAAUUAUUAUCCAAGGAACAACUAUUAUAACAACAGAGGAAGGGGCGGCAGAGGUGGUGGCUAUUACAACAACCAUGGUGCAGGCGGUCAAGUUAAUCAUGUCGCAGGUGAUGUGGGGGUGCAAUCAUGAUAAGUUAUGAGUUGUUUAUAGUGGUUAUUACUGUCACUAGUUGGUGGUGAACCAUUUUUUAUCCUCCUGGCAUGAAAACAUGUUUUGAACAAUUUUGUUUGACACUUGAAUGUUCAAACGUCUAGACUCCACUAUUUUGUAGUCCAGUGGCUAGUGUGGGCCUUUGUCCGAAAUCUCACUCUGGAGAUUGGAAUGUUGCCCUUGUUUUCGCUUUCUGCGAUAGCCGCCGACUAGUUGGCACUUGUGUCGCCCCUUGUUUAGGUAGGUAGAUAUUUUCGUAAGGCACAAAAUUGCAAAAGCAGUAUCUCGUUAGAAAAAAAUUGCAAUUGCAAUUGCAUUCUCUGGGUGGUUUUUAUUUCUCAUCGAGCCAUAACUUUUCACUGCAGUAUGGGCACAUGACAUCUUCGACUCUUCGUGUCUACUUGCCGUGGAUUUUGCUAGUGUGUGGCGUAGAAUCAAUUGAUACUUUUUACUUAA